UUGCCAAUCGAAAAACGCGCAAACUUGAAAAAAGUAGCGAGAAAAGAACAAGCGACGGACCGAAAAUGGAAAAAUAUCCGCGUGCCAUCGAGUUUCUUGGCCAAAAAUGGCAAAAAAGUGAUAAAAUGGAGCAGCUCGAGGGGGAGCUCAAAAGGGGAGCCGAAAUGCGAAAAGAGGAGGAGACCAUUCGCCCGAAAUUGGAGGAGCUGAUGAUUGACACGAUGCUGGCUAAGCAGGGCUCCGUCAAUCUAAAGAAGGCUGCGGAUGAUAAGAAUAAGGCAAAUACCAUGGUACAGAACUGUAUCGGCCAGAUCAUGCAGAUGGAGCAGUUGCUGGAGGACGCCGGUCUCCAGAACAUUCUCUACUACACGGUCCAGCGCAAAGAACACGAGGCCGAGCAAAAAAUGGCGGUCCUCGCAGACCUAGCUGCCCACGAGGAAGAGCAGAACGCCAUUCUCGAAGAUCGCGAUAUAGUUAAGGAAACGCGCGUGGAGCUGAAGGGCAAAAUAGAGACCGACCAGAUUGUAGACGAAAUGGAUCAAGAACUACUCAACUUGGAUUACGAGUGGACGAUUACGAUCGGUGAUCUGAAUGACAAUCGUAACAAGAAGAUAGUCAGCAUUGUUCAGCUAAGUCAGCAGAUCAAUGAAAUGCACGCAAUGUUCGAAAAAAUGGACUUACUUCAUAAUAAAUUCAGCCCUGAAUGGCGUGUUGCUGAAAAAAAUGCGUUUGACAUGAAAUCCGAGGUUUCACAGCUUCCGGUAAAUCCAUCUACUGAUUCGACUGUGAACUUUCUCAAGAACCUUCUGUUUGAGAAGCCCACACAGAAUGACAAUGAAGUCGAGGAGACCGACGAAAGCAAGGAGAGUGAGCAGGACAUGACUCAGGAGGUGGAGACACCGAUACGGUCCAUAUUGGUCAAUCGCGAGGAAGCGGAUCCUGCUUUCUUCUCUAGCUUGGAGUCAAAGCAAGUGCGCUUUGCUGCUUCUCCGGAGCUAAUCCAGAUAAGGGAGAUGGAAGUAGAUGAUCAGGGCUGGCCAUCCGAUUCAGGAGAGCCUGAAGAGCUAGAAGAAGAAGAAGUCGAGGAGUCAUCGGAUGAGGAGGAGGAGGUAUCAGAGGAAGAACUGGAAGAAGCGGAUGAUGAUGAGAUAGAGGUGGAUUCAGAUGACGAAUCCGAGGAAUAUUCGGAAGACGAACUGGAGAUAGAAGACGAAGGACUUGGAGAGGAUGCACAAGUGAAGAAACCAAAAGAGAAGCUGUUGGUUCUCGAGCAGAAGGAGUAUGAAGAGAAGAUGGGAUCAGAAAUGGAGGAAUCCGGAUCAGACGACAAGGGAUCUGGUGGGGAGGCAUCAGUUGAGGAAGAGUCGGGUAUGGUAGCCGGCCAAAUAGAUGACGGUAUAACUCCAAAGCAACAGGAGCUACCAACAACUGAAUCAGAUGCUCAGCUGGACGCUUUCUUUAAUGACAACAUGGCCGCCAACCGCGAAAAGCCGGAAAUACUUAGCGUGGAGGCUAUCCCGUCGAUCCAAACUUCGGAGGAUGGCGACAAUAUACCCAGCACCUCCAGCGGCAUUCGCAGCCGCUUCACUUCUAGACUGCUCUCAACAAAUACUAUGGAGCUGAACAAGGACGAACCACUGCCGCCCAAGCGCCUCAAACUUGAGGAAGAUGAGUUCCCAAUGGCCCAGCCUCAGCCCGACCCUUUCAAGUCUCUAUCGACCAAUUACGAGGGCAAUGAGGAUAACCAAUCUCUAGAAUUCGACUCUCCCACUAACGAUAUCAACGACGAUUACUUGCUGAACUUCAGCGAUGAUAAUGAUGUUACACUCACUAGCACAUCAUACAUACUAUAAUUUUGGAAUUUAUAGUGAUAAAAAAUUAUUGUGUUCCUUAAAGAGAACACAAUUAAUUUUAAUAAUGCUGAAAAAAGCUCCAUACAUUCUAACAACAUUUUUGAACUAUCAAAAAAUAUGUUUAGCUAUAGGAACAGCUAUACUUAACAAACAUAAAAACUUAAGGUUAGGGCUUCCAAAAGAAUAGACACCAUGCCUAAGUACUUACUACAACAUUUUGUAGAAAUUUAAUGUGUUCUUAAGAAACGAAAAACAAAAUUUGAAAAAAUGUAUUCUUUUUGAAACGGUUUAAACGAAUUUCAUGUUUAGCCAACUAAUCGGCUUUUAAUACAUUUAAAAGACAUUUAAAACCUUAAAACAUGUGAAAAAACGAGAGUUCUAUAAAGUAUAAAUAUGUUUGAGAAAAACAACUCGCAAAAAAGCUACUGAAGGCUCAUUUUUAAUUUGUAUUAAAAAAAAACGAAAAAUAUUUUAACAGACUUUAAUUUAAAAAUGUAUU